AUGGCCCUCUCGGAUGUCGACCGUGUAGCUGGGCGCACGCCGUCUGCACCUCCGAGCAACGCUGGAUCCAAACCUGCACCAGUCGUUCAGUCCUCUCUCACCGAAGAGCACAUUGUCGAUGCCCGUCUCCAUUCCCCAGACGAUGGCGCAACCCUCGACCUCUCUCGUCACAACCUGACGGACGUGAGCGCUGAUGGCGCAGAGUACCUGGCCACGUUCGGAAGAGGUGAUUCCCUCGAGGAUGAAAGCUCUAUAGAACGAAUUGCUCUUAGUUUUAAUCGACUGGCAACAUUGCCAACCGCUUUCGCGCUGCUUUCACAGUUGAGAUAUUUGAAUUUGAAGAACAAUAGUUUCUCUGUAUUCCCUGAUGUGCUAACCGUAAUGCCCUCCUUGGAAAUAUUAGAUAUUAGUCGUAAUAAGAUUAAAAGGCUACCCAGCAGACCUGGAACGCUGGCCAACAUUCAUGUGUUCUGCUUGUCGCGGAAUAAGAUAACUCGUCUGCCAAGUUACUUGGCAGAUUUCCAGAAUCUAGACAUCUUGAAGAUAGACCAUAACCCGCUCGAGUGGCCACCAACAAGUGCUCUCAAUUUAGUCGGCCCUGAUGAUCCCCAGAGCAUGAAAGACUGGAUUGCGUCAGUUCAAAGGUGGAUCAGGGACAAUGGCGCUAACGUGGACGAACGAAAGCCCAGUCUGGACUCUAUCCUCGAACAGCAGGCUAUUCUCGAUGACUCGAUUAUCCAGUCAUGGUCUCAUAUGCGAGACCCCGACCCCGAUCCUGGUGUAACCCCGCACGCCCGCACAUUCUCGCUUGAAUCUGAUGCAUCGGCAGUCCCUGAUCUCCCCAAGCCACCCGUCACCCCACGUUACGAGCGGCCACCACCACUGAGAUUGCAGGCGGUGCGCUCGUAUGUCCUCCCUUCUGGGUCAGCCUCACCAGAGAGCUACCUCCCGACUCCCGAAGAAUCUGUAUCGUCCACCGACGAGGAGCACACUGCAGUUCCAGACCUUCCCCUUCAUAGCCGCAAUGCGUCCUCCGUCAAUGGUACUCGUGAUCGCCGGCCAGCUUUGUUUAGCAAGAAGACACUGCCUGAAACUAACGGCAUCGAACACCAUGAUCAACGGGGACAAUCCAUCUCAACUUCGUCGCGGUCAUUCUCAAUAGAUGCAGCAAGCGAAUAUUCAAUGCCUUCUCCUCAGUCACACCGACAGGACUCUGGCUCUGAUGAAUCUGGUCAGCAGCGGCCUUCGAGAUCUGUGUACACGCCACCUACGGAUUCGCCGAGGUCUGCCGAAAGAGUUGCUCCUCAGGUGGACAAGGCGCGGAACGCAUAUUUUAGGCGUCUAUCUUCUCUGCCUGCGGGUGCUGUGACGAAUAAUCUCGCACCUUCGCUACGUCAUCUCGCCGAGUGUGCUCGGUCCAUCUACUUCUCUGUGUCUCAGGUGUACCAAGCGUUAUCACACUACAUUACCUACACCAUUGAUCAACAGCUAUCUUCAGUGCUGAAGAAGGUUACGGACCCUGCGCACACCUAUAUGACACAGCUCAACAGCUCUCUGGACCGCUUCGACGCUUUGGCGAAAAAGCCAACACCGCCCCCGCAAGUGUGCCGUGGACUGGUAGAAUGUUGUCGAGACACCGUUGCCGUCUUUGGGAAGGCAAUAGGGGUCCUCGCUCUUCAGUUGAAGAUUCUCGCGUCCAAAGACGAUGACCGCUAUAUGCGCUCUCUUAUACUAACCUUUUACGGAGCGACCACUGAGAUAUCCUGUGCAUGGCAGUCAAUGGCUCCUCAUAUUGACGCAAUUAAACCUUUGCUCUCGGACCUUCGCCGCCCGUCCGUAUUUAGGUCCCAUACUCUUCCCCUUGCUGGCAACGUGCCGAGUCCGGAUGGUCCUAACUCUGCUUCCCUGGAAUCACCGCCACCGCAUGGCGCGCCUCUUGCUCGCCCUCGGCAACCAAACUCGCUCGGGGGGGCAGCAAGGUCUCGGCGGCAUGCAGGUUCCUUCAGCUCGAAAGACGUCGAGAUUGGCAGGUCGCUACCUGCUUAUGAUCUUCCGGCGAUGUCUUCCGCAUUCUUCAGCGGCAUGAGCGGUCCUAUGCCUAUGGUGCGCACCGGACCCAGGCACCCUGCUUUGACAUCUGCAUCAUCGGCAAGUUUGGCUUCUUCGCGCUUGGCUGGAGGGUACAACGCUGUACGCAUACAGGCUUCGGCUUCGACAGGAAAUCUCAUCUCAUCUGCACAGUCGACAAAUCAUAUGCGACAGUUGUCGCAGGCGUCGUUGACCAAUUCUUCGGCAUCGUCCUCGCCAAUGAUGCCUCCGAAUAAGCCACAUGCGCUGAAGAUACCAGAAUCCCGGACGCUCGUUGAUAAGGAUGCCUUGGAUGCUAUGGAGGUUGCGGUGGAGUCGGCCCCCGCCGUGUGGGGGAUGAUGGACAGGAUCGUCGAAGACCUACGGGACAUGCCUGGCGGAAGUGAAGAGGUUCAGAAGGCGAUUGCCCGAGCGAGAGAAACAACAGGGAUGCUCAAGGCGCACAUACGAGCUAUCAGGGACGGGGAAGCAGGGGCAGAUAAGAGAGGGUUUCGGGAGGACGCUCAUGUAUUUGUGAAGGCUGUCGUUAAACUGUCAAACAUAAUUAAGAUGCACGGCAGCGGCCACGAGCUCUUCCCGGCACUCCGGGCAAAGGUUGUCGAGCUCACGAAUGCGACGCAGGAAUUUACCAUGCUGCUACACGUGUCCUCCUUCACGCCUGCUACACCCCGAGGGUACUCGCCCAUGACCACGCAGGCAUCGGCAUCACCCGCAACCUCGGUGUUCCCGCCGUCCCGCCUUGGGCGUGCUUCGCCACCUAUAGACAUCAGAUUGGGCGCCAACCUAUCGCGCAGCCGUAGCACGCAGCAGGCACGCAGCAAGCUUAUGAAUGCACCCAUGUUGCAUGACGUUCCCAGGAGCGCUUUGCCUCAUAUGUCGUUCAAUAUCGCUCAGCCUGUCGCCCAGGUGCAAGAAGGCUAG